UCAGCACAUACAACAGUCAUGACAGGCCAUUUCACACGCUUCUAGACUUCUGCGGAUGGAUAUGGAGCAAAAGCAUUUCAAAUUAUUUUGGAAGAAUCUGCCGCUGUUCUUCCUUAUGGUGGAGCACGUUAAACCUGUGUUAUCAGACGGCUGGAUCCAUGCACAUGCAGAAGAUAAACUCUUUAAAAAACUCUUCAUGGGUUACAAUAAGUGGUCCAGACCCGUGCGGAACAUCAGCGAUGUUGUUAUCAUCAAAUUUGGCCUCUCGAUCGCCCAGCUUAUUGAUGUGGACGAGAAGAAUCAAAUGAUGACAACAAACGUUUGGCUAAAACAGGAAUGGAAUGAUUAUAAACUGCGCUGGAAUCCGUCUGAAUUUGAUAAUGUGACGUCUAUUAGAGUCCCGUCUGAGAUGAUUUGGGUGCCUGACAUUGUCUUAUACAAUAAUGCAGAUGGCGAGUUUGCGGUGACCCACAUGACCAAAGCCCACCUGUUCCACACGGGAAAGGUGAGUUGGGUUCCUCCAGCAAUCUACAAGAGCUCCUGCAGCAUCGACGUCACCUUCUUCCCAUUUGACCAGCAAAACUGCAAGAUGAAGUUCGGCUCCUGGACCUACGACAAGGCCAAGAUUGAUCUGGAGCAGAUCGAGGGCACCGUGGACCUGAAGGACUACUGGGAGAGCGGCGAAUGGGCCAUCAUCAAUGCCGUGGGAACCUACAACACAAAGAAAUACGACUGCUGUCAUGAGAUCUACCCGGACAUCACCUACUUCUUCAUCAUCCGCCGUCUGCCUCUGUUCUACACCAUCAACCUUAUCAUUCCCUGCUUGCUUAUUUCCUGCUUGACCGUGUUGGUGUUCUACCUGCCGUCGGACUGCGGAGAGAAGAUCACGUUGUGUAUUUCUGUCCUCCUUUCCCUCACUGUUUUCCUGUUGCUCAUCACCGAAAUCAUUCCCUCGACAUCUCUGGUUAUCCCGCUGAUUGGCGAGUACCUGCUCUUCACCAUGAUCUUUGUCACCCUCUCUAUAGUCAUUACUGUUUUUGUGCUUAAUGUGCACCAUCGUUCGCCAAGCACACAUAAAAUGCCCCGUUGGGUUCAUUCAGUGUUCCUGGACCUCAUUCCCCGCUGGCUCUUCAUGAGACGCCCGGAACCCGAUCAGAAACGGCGCAAUACGCCCAACCUUAGCACAUCCAAAACCUGGCUUCAGCAGGAGACUGAGGUGGACGGGCUGAACUGUCAGGACAUGGAGUUCGGGUUAGGGGUGGGAAUCUCCACGUCCAUCUCGUCCCCGUCCGCCACGUCUCUGCAUCUGUCCGACUCUGAGCCUUUGCUCCAGAAGUACGAGCUCCAGCAGUUAGGACACGUGGUGAACCUGUGUCAGCGUCCAGCAAAGCUUACAAAUCUUGUGUCAGAUCCAAGUCUGACCUUCUCACCGUGUGUCCUACGAGCUCUGGACGGGGUGCGGUACAUCGCUGAUCACCUGCGUGCUGAGGACGAAGACUUCUCAGUCAAGGAGGACUGGAAAUACGUGGCAAUGGUGAUUGACCGUAUCUUCCUGUGGAUGUUCAUCAUCGUGUGCCUGCUGGGGACGAUCGGCCUCUUCUUACCUCCCUGGAUAUCAGGAAUGAUCUAAAAGCUCACUUUAAGAGCCCAGAUACAGCCCGACAUCAAGAGCUGCGAUAAAGACUUCCCUGAU